GGGCGCGGCAAGCCCUGGGCCGGUCCUGGGUUCCCGGAGUUGGAGCCGGCUUUCCCAGAUGUGGCCCGGUUACCAAUGGCUCUCCCUGUGGCUGCAGCAGAUUCGGCGGCAGGAGUGCCCUUCCAGAGCUUGCUCCAAGUGUACUCCGGCUCCUUGAGCCAGCGCCGUGCACUCUGCAGCUCCGGCCCGUCACUCGCGUUUAGUGGGAGCGCAGUCAGUGGAGCAGGGGAAGACAAACUUGUGAAAUGGAUGAAAGCUUAGGCUGCUGCAGAGGACAGCUCGGCCAUAGCUCCGAGUUUUGGAGACAGGCGAAUUUGAGCUCACAGGGAGGUGUGGUCGCCUCCUGAGGACCGAAGGCCUUCAUUUUUCCACCUUUGUAGCCUGUGCUUCCCAAUGAGUGUUUUAAGAAGUCCGACCUCACAGUCUUCUGUGCUUAAGACCAGGAGGUGGCAAGGAAGGACUUUUGUUACAGAUUGUCCGUUGCUGCUUGGGGAAACGCAAUGCGCUGCCUGACUUCUCAUGACGGGAAAGCCUACCUUACCCUUUUUGUACUCCUGGAGGGGAGUCUUGCUCACAUGUUUACCCGCAGCUAGGACAAGGAAGAGAAAAGAGAUGAGCCGUCAGACUGCUACAGCAUUACCUACUGGUACCUCAAAGUGUCCACCAUCCCAGAGGGUGCCUGCCCUGACUGGCACGACUGCAUCCAACAAUGACUUGGCGAGUCUUUUUGAGUGUCCUGUCUGCUUUGACUAUGUGUUACCACCCAUUCUUCAAUGUCAGAGUGGUCAUCUUGUUUGUAGCAACUGUCGCCCGAAGCUCACAUGUUGUCCAACUUGCCGGGGCCCGUUGGGAUCCAUUCGCAACUUGGCUAUGGAGAAAGUGGCCAAUUCAGUACUUUUCCCUUGUAAAUAUGCCUCUUCUGGAUGUGAAAUAACUCUGCCACAUACAGAAAAAGCAGACCACGAAGAGCUCUGUGAGUUUAGGCCUUAUUCCUGCCCAUGCCCUGGUGCUUCCUGUAAGUGGCAAGGCUCUUUGGAUGCUGUAAUGCCCCAUCUGAUGCAUCAGCACAAGUCCAUUACAACCCUACAGGGAGAGGAUAUAGUUUUCCUUGCUACAGACAUUAAUCUUCCUGGUGCUGUUGACUGGGUGAUGAUGCAGUCCUGUUUUGGCUUUCACUUCAUGUUAGUCUUGGAGAAACAGGAAAAAUACGAUGGUCACCAGCAAUUCUUCGCAAUUGUACAGCUGAUAGGAACACGCAAGCAAGCUGAAAAUUUUGCUUAUCGACUUGAGCUAAAUGGUCAUAGGCGGCGAUUGACUUGGGAAGCGACUCCUCGAUCUAUUCAUGAGGGAAUUGCAACAGCCAUUAUGAAUAGUGACUGCCUAGUCUUUGACACCAGCAUUGCACAGCUUUUUGCAGAAAACGGCAAUUUAGGCAUCAAUGUAACUAUUUCCAUGUGUUGAAACGGCAAUCAAACAUUUUCUGGCCAGUGUUUAAAACUGUUGCAUUCAAUUUCACAGGAGAAUAAGGCACCCAUCUGCCUACCAACCUGAAACUCUUUUGGUAGGUGGAAGCUAGACACAUGAAGGUAAAUAAAAAGAAAGGCUGUUAAAUACAGGAAACAGUUGCAUGUAGUAACACUAAUAUAUUUAAAAAUAAGUCAACAGUAAACCACUGAAAAAAUAUAUAUAUAUAUACACCCAAGAUGGGCAUCUUUUGUAUUAAGAGAGCAAGCAUUGUAAAAUAAUUCUGACUUUUGUGUUUGUUGUAGAUUGAUUGUAUUGUUGAAAAUAUUGGGUUUUUUGUUUUAUUUUUGUUCUUUUUUGCGUGUGUGUGUGUGUGUGUGUGUGUGUGUGUGUUUAACUGACAAGCCAUCUGAGUGGUCUUGGGCCACUGCUUCUCCCUUUGUGAGUCAAUACAUAGUGCUGCUGGUUGUUUUCUUUUUUUUUUUUGGCUGUGUGUGUGCAUUUGCUAAUUUUUAUUAAUUCUAGUUUUUCAUUAAAUAAAUUUGACUUUCUUUUCUGUAAUUUCAGGUUUUUCCUCACUUUUUUUUGUACCUUUUUAAAGUUAGUGUCUUUUUGAUAUGCGUAAUUGUUUAUGGUAAAGUUUGUGUUCAAUACAUAUUUUUCCCCUCAUUAAUCAGUUUAGAAAUAUUUUAAAUUCAGCUAUUUUGUGAAGAUAUGAGUCCCAGAAAGGAAAGGUUACAUCAAAGAAAAAUUAUCAAAAACUAUUUAAAGCAACUAUAAGGUGGUCUCUUUCUCUUCUUUCAUCCUCUUUUCCAGUCGAGUCAUACCUUCCAGCUUACUCUGAAAAGUUAGGGAAUAUAUUCUGAUUUAUAUAAACACUGAAAAAAAUCAGGCUUUUUUCCUUCUCAAAUAUCUUGGACAAAUCACAUGUUUAGAAAUUUGUUCUUGUAUUUAUUGGUUUUGCAGAAGAAGGCAUCAUCAUACACAGUAUUUGUAAUUAAGAGCAAAUAAUUUGUUUAAAAAAAAGGCAGUUUGCAAAAAAAUAUGUUUUUGGUCUUUUAUAAUUCUCAUUAAAAGAUUAUCUGGCAAAUUAAAAAAA